AGUGUUUAUUUGCAACAAAGGCUUUCACCUGUUCGGACACAAGGAAAAUGUGGAAAUUGGACUCAAAAGAUGGCAUUAUUUGCUCGGGUUUCUUGUCAAUUGGCUUUGCGAUAAUAUACCUGAUAGUAGGGGAUUGGCAAUGGACAUCCUAUGGCUUUGGAAUUCACGUUGCGGCACUACAGAUUAUGGGGAGCAUUGUUCUUAUCGUGGGUGCUAUUAAGGAAAAACACAGGUUCUUUGUGCCUUGGAUGAUCACGACCGCUAGUUUUCUGUAUCUAAUGGUUUACGCAGGCAUUAUCCUUUUGGCCAACGAUGGAUGGAUUAUAGUCCUUAUCAUGGUUAUCCCUAUCACAGCUUACCUAGGCCUUGCGUUGUAUGCGGUGCAAAAGGCUUUUUCCAGGAUGCGACAGGAUGUGCCACCAGCGUACUGGGAGUUGCCUCCCAAGGCAACUGUUAUUAACCCAAUAUAAUGCACCUUUGUACGUGUUCCCCCAAAGUCUGUAUAAAGUAAUGAUUAUCUGCGAUAAGAUUAACUUUCAUAUUAUGAGUCAAGAGCGAUAAUUGUAGGUAAUAUCGGAAAUUAAAAAUGUAUUCUUGUGAUGACAUAUACAUACCUUCAAAGGGCUAGCUUUAUUUUUUAAAGAAUAAAUUUAUUUAAUCAAGA